CGCCAACAUCGAUCUAGUAGCGGCCAUUCCUCUCGCACGACCAUCAACCUCCCUCUCCCCAACCACGAUUUUUGACGUCGACAAGGUCCCCAAUCAGUCACCAUGUCGACCAACGCAAAAGUCAAGCCCGGCCAACUCUGGGGCAAGAGCAAAGACGACCUGAAGAAGCAGCUGGACGAGCUCAAGAGCGAGCUGCUUCAACUCCGUGUCCAAAAGAUUGCCGGCGGCGCUUCUUCAAAACUCACCAGAAUUCACGACCUUCGGAAAUCCAUUGCCCGCGUCCUCACAGUCAUCAACGCCAACCAGCGACACCAGCUCCGCCUGUUCUACCAGAAGAAGAAGUACCUUCCUCUCGACCUCCGACCCAAGCAGACCCGUGCCAUCCGUCGCCGAUUGAGCAAGAAGGACGCCAGCCGCAUCACCGAGAAGCAGAAGAAGCGACAGAUCCAUUUCCCUCAGCGCAAAUAUGCCGUCAAGGCCGAGUAGAGGUUUGACAUAAUGGGCUUUAUGGAGGAGCGGCAGUCGUGAGGGUGCAACGUGGGCAGGUCAAUGGCAGUCAUGAUUAGGGAAAUGGAGAUGAUUUCGAAAAAGAUUCCCCAGUCAUAAGCUUCUGUGCUAGGAGCGUCUCAAGUUUGCGUCCUUUCUAGCUACGCAAAUGUGGACAUGACAAUGCAAUAAACCGCAUCUGGUCACUACACAGUGGUCAAGGGAAAACCCGAAUACCAAAAACUUCAAAGAACAACGUUGAUUCAUGUCUGGAAUUAUUGUUUCGAUACUUCGUCAAGAGCCAUCCGCAUUGGAGUCCUAACCAAACUUGUUGAAAGACUUUGUGAGUCGAGUUCGUAAGUCGCUGUGCGCUUGCGACAACUAUCAUCAUUCAUUCAUUCGCCGUCGCCUUUCCAGGCCUCAAGAACCCAUUGGCCAUCACAAACACAUCUCGCCAGGAGUCCGCCCACUUGUUUAGGCCACUCUUUCAGUGCGACAUUGAUAUCCUCACUGAAACUGCCACACCGAACACAUCUCCGAACCAUCAACACACCGGUCCCACUCGGGUCAGGGCCGCCUUUCAAUAUAGGCCUCUUCCGAUGUACGUCAUAAAUGACUGGUGUCUCUUUUGACUGAUCUUCCAGGUGACCAAGUACAUGGCGAUUUAGAAACACGUAGUCGAGAUCGACGUGGUCUGUGUAGAGUUUCAGCCGGUCAAUGAGGUUUUUCGCCCUGAGCCCGGCCGGGCUGUUCAACAACUUGUUCAGGAU